GGGGAGGCGCGGCGCGCGGAGGACAGCGGCUGACGGCGGCAUGCGGCGGCUCAUGCUUCCCACCGUGGGCUGAGGCGGCCGCAGACAGGCGGCAGGCGCAGCGGCCGGGCAAGCGGAGGGCGCAGCCAAGCCGCGCGCACCGCGCACCGCGGCCGGGGCUCCGCGCAAUGGGCCGAGCUGGAGGCGGGGGCCCGGGCUGGGGGCCGCCGCCAGUGCUGCUGCCUCUGGGGGUCACGCUGGUGCUCACCGCUGGGGCUGUACCGGCACGGGAAGCAGGCAGUGCGAUCGAGGCUGAAGAGCUGGUGAGGAGCGGCCUUGCAUGGGAGUCGCGUGCCAAUGACACGCGGGAGGAAGCUGGCCUGCCAGCAGCAGGGGAAGAUGAGACCUCGUGGACAGAGCGGGGCAGUGAGCUGGCUGCGGUGGGCCCUGGGGUCGGGCCAGAGGAGACACUAGAGGCAUCGGCUGCAGUGACUGGCACUGCCUGGCUAGAGGCAGAUGGCACAGGCCUGGGUGGAGUGACUGCAGAGGCUGGCAGUGGCGACGCCCAGACCCUUCCAGCUACACUCCAGGCUCCUGACGAGGCCCUUGGGUCAUCUACAAUGCCCCCUGCCAUCCCUGAGGCUACUGAAGCCAGUGGACCUCCCUCCCCCACCCUCCGUGAUAAACCUAGCCUAGGCCCUGAACUCCCUAAGGAGAUCCCCUUGGAAGUUUGGCUGAACCUGGGAGGCAGCACACCUGACCCUCAAAGGCCAGAGCCUACUUUUCCCCUUCAGGGCACUCCAGAGACCCAACCAGCCUCAGAUAUAAUUGACAUUGAUUACUUUGAAGGAUUGGAUAGCGAGGGCCGCGGCACAGACAUGGGCAGGUUCCCGGGCUCACCAGGAACCUCAGAAAAUCACCCCGAUACUGAAGGAGAGACCCCCUCCUGGAGCCUGCUUGACUUAUAUGAUGACUUCACCCCCUUUGAUGAGUCUGAUUUCUACCCCACCACAUCCUUCUAUGAUGACUUGGAAGAAGAGGAAGAGGAGGAGGAGGAUAAGGAUGCAGUGGGAGGCGGAGACCUGGAAGAUGAAAGUGACCUCCUCCUGCCCUCUCAGAAGCCUGGUGUGGGGCCUGGGACGGGACAGCCCACCAGUCGAUGGCAUGCAGUUCCUCCACAGCAUACUCUGGGGAUGGUACCUGGCGGCAGCAUCUCUCUUAGGCCCCGCCCUGGAGAUCCAGGCAAGGACCUGGCCUCGAGCGAAAAUGGAACAGAGUGCCGAGUUGGCUUUGUCAGGCACAAUGGCUCCUGUCGGUCAGUCUGUGACCUCUUCCCGAGUUACUGUCACAAUGGCGGCCAAUGCUACCUGGUGGAGAACAUAGGGGCUUUCUGCAGGUGUAACACCCAGGACUACAUCUGGCACAAGGGGAUGCGCUGUGAGUCCAUCAUCACCGACUUCCAGGUGAUGUGUGUGGCCGUCGGCUCGGCUGCGCUGGUGCUGCUCCUUCUGUUCAUGAUGACUGUGUUCUUUGCCAAGAAACUCUAUCUGCUCAAGACUGAGAACACCAAGCUGAGGAGGACCAACAAAUUCCGGACCCCAUCUGAGCUCCACAAUGAUAACUUCUCCCUCUCCACCAUUGCCGAGGGCUCCCAUCCAAAUGUAAGGAAACUUUGCGACACUCCCUGUGUCUCCUCCCCCCAUGCCCGUGCCUUGGCUCACUGUGAUAACAUUGUCUGUCAGGAUGACCCCAGCGCUCCCCACAAAAUCCAGGAAGCUCUCAAGUCCCGCCUGAAGGAGGAAGAGUCCUUUAACAUCCAGAACUCCAUGUCACCCAAACUCGAGGGUGGCAAAGGUGACCAGGAUGACUUGGAGGUGAACUGUCUCCAGAAUAACCUGACCUGAGACGGAGGAGGGAGAGGGGAGAGGGGGGUGGGGGAGGGAAGGACCGUGGUCUCCUCUCGGGCAGAGCCGGCUCCUCAUAACCAUUUGUUAAGCUUUUCCUUUGCUGAUCUCAUGGCAUGCUCUGAUGUGUUCUGUAGGAGGGGGAAACUCUUAAAAUAAGCAAAGAAACCGAGCAGGGUUGCGUACAUUGGA